AUGCCGCUCACCAGACCGACGAUCCUCAUUGCCCUCCCCGUCGAGCUCCUCGAACUCAUCUUGUCACACCUUCCGCGACGAGCGGACCUAUUCUCUCUGGCACAGACGUCCCGAUACCUGCACUGCGUCAUUGUACCAGGGCACCUGUACAUUCGAGAGAUACAAGCUGACUUGGACGACGCUGUGUGGACACUGCUAGCCCUUCGGCCAUACCUUGCUGCACGCGUCCACCGCAUCGACAUUCGCACCGCCCACAGGAAGCGAUGGGGAUAUACGGCGCUCUUGAAUGAGAUGUAUUCAAUAUCUGGAACUCCGCAAGGAUCAGCAGACAAGGGUACAUGGCUAGUGAAAGCGAUACCUAACAUGCACAAUUUGCGGCGUUUCUCCUUUGAUCACACCGGCACACAUGCAAACCUCAAUCCGAAUGGCCUUUUCCAGUCGCUGGGGAUAGCGAGUUCCUUUCUCGAGAAGGUGGAGUUGCGCAUUGGGGGAUCUUUCGACGCAAGCUCGCUGAAGACGUUCAUCCUCACCGUGACCUCGCUUCCGUCAUUGGCAACGACACGGUCCAGCGUCUUUGCCCCCAUCUUCGACAUGCUGCAGUCGAACCCCAAUCUCGAGCGCCUUGAGAUCGACUGUCUUGCAUACGGCCCCCGCGCUGACCUCUCCACCCCUCUGGCAUCUCUCCGCCUUCACCAUCUCCGGCGUGUCUUACUUCAGGGCAAUCUCCAGAUUACUCCCCAGGCUCUGUGUGACUUCCUCGCACACCACCAGGGCAUUGAAGAUCUGAGCCUGCCGGCGACAACAGACGUGCUUAUUCCUUCAAUUCUCAGUUUGAGACCUAUUCUGCUUGGAUCACCUCCCGUGUGCCGCUAUUUCUCGCUCUCAUCUCCUGUUUCGUCGACUUUCGGCCGCAAGAAUCUCGUCCGAGGUGGCCAGAACCUGACACUCCGCUGGCGCCGUCUGGAGCAGUCCGUUCGGGGCAGGGAAGCCCAAGAAAGCGAGAUGUCACGACUCAGCGGACUCCAGGAAGAUGCUGAAUCCACUAUGGGCGCGGUCGUCGGAGCGUCACCGAUCGGACAGGGUGUCGAUGGGUACUUUCGCGGCUUCAAGGUCCCAGAGAUGCCCAAAGCGCCUGAGUCGGAUGAAUGCUGCAUGUCAGGCUGCGCCGUCUGCGUCUACGAUCUGUACGACGAAUCUAUGACGACGUAUCGCGCGUCAGUCGAAGUCUUGCGCAUACAGCUCGCCGACGCACACAUCCCGGAAAUAGAUUGGCCCUCUUCAGUGAGAUUGGAACAGAAGAGAGUCAAUGCGGUUGGGGGAGGAGCAGGUGAUAGUCGAAGCGCCGCGCUGAGCGCCUUUGAACAGCUGGAGAUAACUCUGGCAAACAAGAGAAAGGGACAGGCAGAUGAACCUACCGCCUCAGCUCCUUCUGUGUAGCGCACUCUCGUCCGAUCGGAUGCCUCCUUGCCAAAUAGAUUCACCAAUGUUCUAAGAGUCGCUCGCGUCUCGGCCUGCGCAGGCAGCGAAAGUUUGGUGCAGACGACCCCACUAGCGCGCGUUGUCCUCUCAUCAGCCCUCAAUCUGAGUGAUUCUCAAGGUGGGCGGUGUGAGGGCUCACCUGCGGGCUACACAUCUGGGCGCACUCCCAUUCCAGCCAGUUCCCUCUUCCUUACCACUGCAAUACCCUGCAAGCAUUCGGCGGUGCCUUCCUCAGCCUGCAGCCAGUUGUGUGAUAAGAUGUACAGUGUGAGACGCCUGUCUGGUGUUGGCAAUAGGGGGCUGGGUCAGUGUUCGAAGCCACGCAGCCGGCUUGACCUCGAGAUACUGAACUUUGCUAGCGCUUUGGUCUAUCCCUCCUGAUAGAAUCCACGACGUGGUUACAAUGAUGCCAGUUCUUGCAAUCUGUGAUGAGUCGCCUGAAUGAAGUACAGUCCCGCACCUGUUGACUUGGUUAUGCGGUUGUUCGUUUGUGUCUCUGCCGUUCGUAGCGCACAGCGUGUGAUCGAUCGAGCGCAGUCUGCGAUUCAGAGAUAGGGUCGUUGGCCCGCCGUUUAAACGCUUGUACAGUGUCAUCACAAGGGCUACGAUAACGAUCCGACGGUCCGAUUAAGACAUGGACAAAAUGACUACAUAUCGACAGUCUGGCGUCGGAAUCGCAUGUCUCGCACCUCUAGGUCC